GUUACGGUGGAAUAUCAAUAAAAACACACACUCGUAUUGCUGCUUUGCUGUAUGCGCUCUUUGGUAUUCCGCUUGUUUUGUUCUACUUAUCAGUCAUGGGGGAUGGAUUAUCAACUAUAAUGCGAUGUCUGUUUCGUUUGUUACGUACAUGUGGAACGAAACGAAGUCGAAGUGAAAGCACGAGCGGUCAGAGUAGCGGAAAUAAUUCGAACAGUAGCAGUAGCACUGGCAUUGGACGAAAUGACAAUGGAUCUAUCGUCGAUAAAAGUUUUCAUAGCACAUCUUUGGUAGCUGGAAAACUAUCGACAGACAAACAAAACUAUGAGAACAAUUACAGUAAUCAAAUAUACAACUAUUCAUACUAUCAGCACUCAAAUGGAGUGCCAAUUCCGAUCUCGAUCAUGAUUGUAAUUUGUUAUAUUACCGGUGGCGCUGCCUUAUUUCAUCGAAUUCAAGCAUGGAAUGUACUUGAAAGCUUAUACUUCUGUUUCACAUCGCUCGGCACGAUUGGUUUCGGUGAAUUGGAGCCAAAAGGAUAUGCGGCACAAUAUGCGGCCAGCGCAUAUAUAUUGAUUGGAAUGGCAAUUGUUGCAAUGUGCUUCAAUCUUAUCCGGUCGGAAAUAAAAAUAUGGCUACGGCGAUUUGGUGGAGAGCGUAGUGAAGAGAAAUCGCAUGCAUCAACAAUCAGCGGACCGGGACGAAAUGUUGGUGGAAGCAUUGCACAAAAUAGUUUUGCACAUUUAAUGCCACACCAUAAUCAUUUGAUGCAUCAAUUACCAUCCAGAACUGGGCCAAUUGAAGAUGUUGCACUUGUUACGGUGGCCGUUGCACCAAAAUCCUGACUAAAACCUGCAGAUCACUUGGCAAACUCAGCAAACACAUCAACAUUUAAUUCGUUGCCAAGGCGGUCUAAUUUAGCCUUUCAAAGAAAUACGCCGGCGCGGCGUUCGGCAGGGCCAUUAGAGAACCACAUCGAAUAUUUUGUGCCGCGAAGUGUGAGCGAAUUUAAUUUGGCCGGAGUCGGUGAUAUUGCAUUAACGAUGCCAAUACACCAGCAACCACCACCACCACCACCACAGCAACGACGUUCACCCCCUCCGUCAAUUCUUUCUCAUACCCGAUCAACGGGCACCAUUAUGAUUCCAAUACAAGAAAUGCAACACCAACAUCAUCAACAACAACAACAACAACAGCAGCAGCAGCAGCAGCAAAUGCAUUCGACGAUGGCACCGAUGAAGCCUCGUGAAAAAAUGGUUACAUUUGAAGAUGAAACUACAAAGUGCCCUCAUGGAAUACCAACCACACCGCGUAAAAGUCUGCCAAUGAUUGGCGUAAAUGAUGUAUUCAUAUGACGUGAGGGUGGGUGAAACGAGCCAAAAACGAAACAACAAUACCCAGGUGAAGUAAUCAAAGUAUAAUGUGUCAUAAUGCGACUCGCAAAUAUACACAUGCAAUUCGUAUGAUUCACGCACGAAUUUAUUUGCACCGGGGUUUUGUUGCUUUCGUAAAUUCGGCUUGAUUUCAUCCUAGAAACAUUUCUCACUCUAUUGCUCUCGACCAUAACAAUCAGUAGGUAUUUUGUAGUAUAUCAAAUUUACGGAUACCGAGCCACAUCACGCAUACGCAUUUAUAUAUUCUUGGCAAUUUGCACACAAAACAUUCUGUAGUGGCACACAAUCAUUUGAAAUUUGGUUUUAAUUAAUGGGCAAAAGAGAGAGUUUAAUGAAAUUAUUCAUAUGCUCAUCAUAUCGUGAUGGUAUUAUCAAAGUUGCAUAUAAAGCAUUCCAAUCGAUGUAAAUGUAUAUGUACAGUGUGACAUUCUAUAUUUAUAGACACACAAAAAAGUUCGUCUAAGUAGAUUAAGAUUAUUUCAAUAGAUGGCGCUAUGUUCCGACGAACACUGUGUUGUAAGUCAUUUGUAAAUUUACACUGAAUUUUCGUAGUAAAUUUACAAAAUGUGUCAAAAUGAAAGUCACAAUAUCAUUUUGUAAAAAUACUACGAAAAGU